AUGUCUGACGACGAAUAUGAAAUGGAUGACAUGGGUGGCGAUUUUGAUGACGCCGUGGACGACGACGUGGGAGAUGAUAAUGCCGGUGGAGACGAAAAUGUGGAGUUUUUGCCGUCCGGUGAAGUACAACAUCGACAAUCAACCGCCAAAAUCACAACUCCGUACAUGACUAAAUACGAGCGGGCUCGGGUGCUUGGAACUCGAGCCUUGCAGAUUGCCAUGUGUGCUCCAAUUAUGGUCGAGUUGGAGGGUGAAACUGAUCCACUGCAGAUUGCCCUGAAAGAACUAAAAGAACGAAAAAUUCCACUGACAAUUCGCCGAUUCUUGCCCGAUGGCAGUUACGAAGAUUGGGGAAUCGAGGAGCUCAUCAUCAAUGACUAA